CACUUCCUUUUCUCACUGACUCCUCCACAUGAGACACAUAAAAUGUGACUGACACUCAGCGUUUGUCUCACUGUCAUCAUGUGUGUCAUCAACACAACGCAAGCUAUUCAGCUCUUGUACAUCUGUCAUGUCAUUGCAGGUAAAAACAACGAUGUGGUGGUGUCCAAAGGAGACUCUGUCACGUUCAUCUGCAACAGAACUGCAGAAACGCCUUCGCAAAUCAAUUGGAGAACAAGUAGAUGCUUCUUUUCUUAUCUUAAACGAAACAAUAAUUUCACUACAAAUUGUACCUCCGACAGAGUGAAUAUAACCUCUAACUCUCCCUCAGAGCUAAAUAUUCUAAAUGUUCAGUAUGAAGAUACAGGAAACUAUCAAUGUGAAAUAGUGUCCAUUGAAGGUGUUCAAAGGUCUGAGUGGAAUUUACUAUUAAAACAUGAAGAGUGGCCAUCUUUUAUUUACCCGGUAACAACCGUUUUGGUGGUCUUUCUUCUCAGUACCGUUGUGGCCAUUUGCCUCUACAGAAGACACAAGUCCAGGAUCUCAAAUCAGCACCAACCUUCACUCCAGUCAGGGUCACAGGCGGCACCACCGCAUACACAGACUGAAACAGACAGAGGGGGAAAUGUCCAGAGGAGGAGUCAAUAUUUUGAGAGGCUCAACUCUAUCUAUGGACACUAUUAAGCUCACAGAACAGACAAGCAUUUUCUCUUUAAACUGACUCACAUUUUAAAACAAUAAAGCCAGUGUCUUUGCUUGCUGA